GAGAGAGGGAGAGAGAGAGGGGAGAGAGAGAGAGAGAUAGGACUUCCUCCCCGAUUCGCAAAGUGAAGUCACUUCCCAAAAUUAGCAGAAAAAAAGUUUCAUCCGGUUAACUGUCUCUUUUUCGCUCCGCUACAACAACAAACGUGCACAGGGGAGCUAGGGCCGGGCGCUCGCGGGGGGCACGCAGGGAGGGCCCGAGGCGCCGGGGAGGCCGCGCCGGGCGAAUCCGAAGGGGCUACGAGGUCAGGCUGCAACCGGGUCAAUGUAUGGAAUAUUGAGGGGCUCGGCCGCAGACUUCGCCAAAUGGACGGGACUAUUAAGGAGGCUCUGUCGGUGGUGAGCGACGACCAGUCCCUCUUCGACUCCACAUACGGAGCUGCAGCCCAUCUUCCCAAGGCCGACAUGACUGCCUCAGGGAAUCCCGACUACGGCCAGCCCCACAAAAUCAACCCUCUGCCGCCUCAGCAGGAGUGGGCUAACCAGCCGGUGAGGGUCAACGUCAAGCGGGAGUACGACCACAUGAACGGCUCCAGGGAGUCUCCGGUGGACUGCAGCGUUAGCAAAUGCAGCAAGCUGGUUGGCGGAGGCGAGGCCACCCCCAUGACCUACAACACCUACAUGGACGAGAAGAACGGGCCCCCUCCCAACAUGACCACAAACGAGAGGAGAGUCAUCGUCCCCGCAGACCCCACCCUGUGGACGCAGGAGCACGUGCGUCAGUGGCUGGAGUGGGCCAUAAAGGAGUACGGCUUGAUGGAGAUCGACACGUCCUUUUUCCAGAACAUGGACGGCAAGGAACUGUGUAAAAUGAACAAGGAGGACUUCCUCCGAGCCACCUCCCUCUACAACACAGAAGUGCUGUUGUCACACCUCAGCUACCUCAGGGAAAGUUCACUGUUGGCCUAUAACACAACCUCCCACACAGACCAAUCCUCGCGACUGAAUGUUAAAGAAGAUCCUUCUUAUGACUCAGUCAGGAGAGGAGGAUGGGGCAGUAACAUGAAUUCUGGCCUCAACAAAAGUCCUCCCCUUGGAGGAGCACAGACAAUCAGUAAGAAUACAGAACAGCGGCCCCAGCCAGAUCCGUAUCAGAUCCUUGGCCCCACCAGCAGUCGUCUUGCCAACCCCGGAAGCGGGCAGAUCCAGCUGUGGCAAUUCCUCCUCGAGCUCCUCUCUGAUAGUGCCAACGCCAGCUGUAUCACCUGGGAGGGGACCAACGGGGAGUUCAAAAUGACGGACCCCGACGAGGUGGCCAGGCGCUGGGGGGAGCGGAAAAGCAAACCCAACAUGAAUUACGACAAGCUGAGCCGUGCCCUGCGAUACUACUACGAUAAAAACAUUAUGACCAAAGUGCACGGCAAAAGGUAUGCCUACAAAUUUGACUUCCACGGCAUCGCCCAGGCCCUGCAGCCCCAUCCGACCGAGUCAUCCAUGUACAAGUACCCUUCUGAUAUCUCCUACAUGCCUUCCUACCACGCCCAUCAACAGAAGGUGAACUUUGUCCCUCCCCACCCAUCCUCCAUGCCCGUCACUUCCUCCAGCUUCUUUGGAGCAGCCUCACAAUACUGGACCUCCCCCACUGGUGGGAUCUACCCUAACCCCAACGUCCCCCGCCAUCCUAACACCCACGUGCCCUCACACCUAGGCAGCUACUACUAGAAGCUUAAUCGUCGGUGGGCUUCUAGCUGAAGCCCAUCCCUCACACUUCCUGGGAUACUUUGUACUCUAAAGCACAUUCGUGGCCUUGAAGAGAAAGCAAAACUGGAUGUUCUUUCUUGUUGGAUAGAACCUUUGUAUUUGUUCUUUAAAAACAAUCUUUUUUUAAAAUGUUGAUAACUUUUGCUUCCAUCACCUUGAACCGAGAGAUGGAACAUUCCAUGGACCAGUACUCCACUUUGGAUUCUCAAUCUCCUAUCAUCUUAUGAGUUAAAACAUUUAGAUUACUGGAAUGCUUUUGUCAUGGUUUGGGGAAAGAAACUGUAAACGUCCUUAUAUUUUAUGACCAAGGCAGUUUCUUACCAACACACAGGUCUCCUCCUGGACCUCGUGAGGUUCAGUAUGGUCAAGAAUCGUGGACUUAAGCAGUCAGGCUCUGGUUUGAGACUUAGUGAAAAUAGAGGCAGGAAGUUAUAAUCUUAUUUUAGGAGGACCUAAUUCAGUGGAUGGCAACUGGACCACUGGCCGUAAGGCUAGUGAAGUUUUCACCCAACUGGAAUUUAAAAGAAAGAACAUGUGUAUGUAUUUAAAAAGCCAAGGGUAUUGCAAACUCCGUCUCACUGGGCAAUAUGCACUAGGCUGACAGUUCUCUCGAGAAAUAGUCCAGAUUUGAACUAAGAAAUUUUAAUGCAAAUACAGACAUUCCUGAAAGACAGAGAAUUAAAUAACUUUUUUUUUUUUUAAGUAAUGACAGUGGGUCCCAGAACUUUGAAAAGUCUUAGGGAUUUCUAAACACAAACAGAUUCGCAAGCGCUGUGCGUUUGUCAGACCAUCAGUCCAGGGUCAAUCAAUCAUAAGGCAACUUACUGUAUAAAUUAUGCAGAGUUAUUUUCCUAUAUCUUACAGUAUUAAAAUAAAUAAAUGAAAAUUAAAAAGAAUAAAUAAACGAGUUGACCUCGGUCACAAAUACAAUUUUGCUAUCAAAUUCGUCAUUAUUUUUUUUUAACGUAAUUUGUAUAUCUUUUGUCAAUCUGUACAUUUGGGCUGUUUGUAUGUUUUUAUAGCUGGUUUUUAAAAAAAGCAUAAUGUGACUAUUGCUGAAAAGGAAACAAGAUGUUUGAGUCACCAACCUACUAGAAAGAGAAGCACUGGUGCAGUUAUUUAAAAGGCACGUACAAGGAAGUAACGUAAUCCAUUCAAGCCUUUAAUGCUUUGGAAAUGUGUGUAAAUAACAGUUCUGCAAUAAUCACGACUUUGCAAAAAACAACCAAACUUUCCUUUGUGGAUACAAGGGAUUUCCCUGCUCUAUAUAUGCAAUAUAUUUUUUAGAUAUUAAAAUAUAUAUAAUUUUGCAGGUAAUCGUUGACUUUUUUAAAACUAUAUUAAGUGUUAAGCUGACAACUGUCAAUGAAGACUAUGUUGUAAAAUAAUUUUACUAAAUAAAUUGUGCCUUCUUCUUUCAGAACUGAG